AACGGGAGUUGUGUUCGGAGUUGAUUAGCCUUGCCUGGAUUUACCUUGUUUUGUGAAAUGAUUUGACAGGGAGCAUCCGCGUCUCUGACGGCAAACGGUGUGUGGUGCAGUCCUGCUCAGCCAUGGACACCUGUGCGCGCAUUCGAGGAGUCCCAUUAAAGACCCGUGCGGCCAUUAGGAAGGAGGCCAUCCGAGAUGGGUCCGUCCCUCUGCUGAAGAGCCUGCUGAAAAGUCGGAAGGAGCUUAGCGGUGUCAGUGUGGGCCUGCACUCUGGAGAUCUGCCGUGGUUGACUGAGAUCCAUUUUGUAGGUUUACCUAGUCAUUCUGACGUAGAGGACUUGCUGUCCCAGGCUCUGCCGGCUGUCCCUGUUGACGUUUUGGAGUUGCUUAGAUCACUACGUACCCAGAGUCUGAAGGAUGAAGAGGUGUUGCUCCUCGAAGAUACUAGGAAACUUCUGGAAAAUAAGGGCAGUGUUUCUCAGGCUACAUGUUCAAAGGCCAUCUGCGUGUUUCGGCACUGCCGGAAUCCGCAGAGCAUUGUGGGAACCAUGUCAACCCUGCUGACGCGGUACAUGGCGGGGAUGAAGUAUGCGCUCGAACUGCAGUGUCUGCAGAAGGGAGUGUCUGACGGCUGUCCACUCGAGGACGAUGACACUAACCAGUCCGUCUCCUCCAUCGAAGAUGACUUUGUCACCGCGUUCGAGCACCUGGAGGAAGAAGAGGUGGCUGACAACUUGUCUUUUCAUAACCAACGGAACCAGCGUGAUGUGGGCUCGCAGACGGUCCCGUCCCACUCUAAGGACUUGUCAGGCUCCCGCUUGAUUAUUAGCUCGUUUUCCAAGAAGCCUUCGGUAAAGAAAUCCUCUUUCCCUGAAACUCUGUCAAGUUCUGGACCGGCAUGGAACCCAGGGGAAGGGAGCCAAUGGGAUUUCUACACACCCGGUUGUCUGACAAAAGCAUCCGUUACUGCUGCAUCUGCCACAGAGUCAGAUGAGUCUGACUGCUCAAGCCCAAGUCCGAUAAUCUUCUUGGAUGAAGUUAGCUACCAGAAAAGUUUAAAAGCAAAGCUUGACAUUCCUAAAAUCCCUGUUUUCAAAGAUGGGGUUGAAGACUCUGAUUCAGAAGUGAGUGAGUUUUUUGAUAGUUUUGACCAAUUUGAUGAUCUGGACCAAGCUCUUGAGAGCAGCUCCAAGUUCCUCAAGGAGCCAGCAGCUGCCAGCCAAACACAGAGAAACAUAUACGCAGAGGACUCCAAAUGUAUGUCUCGAGGCUUCUCUUCAAAAGCAAUGAACCCCCAUCGAUUUGACCACCCAACUCUUCCUGCCAACAUAAAGAAACCUACUCCACUCAAGCCAGGAUCACUUUGUGGUUCCCACUCAGAUAUUCCUGAUUCUCCACGACCAGUGAGGACUAUAACUGAUGAAACUGGGGUGCUCUUCAGUCCAGUUCGAUCUUCAGCAUUUAGUCCUCUGGGAGAAGGCAGCACCUUAGAGUAUUUUUGGAAGCCAGAUGGAGAUGGAGAAUUGCGCAAACCUCAGGAUCUCUGCACUCUCUAUAAAACAUACUCAGAUUUUGCCAAUAAUAUGUCAACGGAAAUUCUCAGAUCGGUUUGUGGAUAUUCGACUCCUGUUGAUAUGAACGUCAACAAGAACUUGAGCUGUGUAUGCCAUAAAGAAUUCAAAAACAGCAGCGGACACCUCAUGAAAUUGUCUGAUAUUCAGGAGACAGUCACCAUAUCAAAAUCUCAGAAAUCACAAACACUGAAGGAAGGCAUACAGAAAUUUGCUACCGAUCUUGUCGAAAUGAGCCUUGGGAGUGCCUUCAGAGAUCUGCAGAAAGGGGUAUCUUCUUGUACAACUACACUUUGUCAUUUAGCUGCAAGAUUGACUUCUUCAGUGUUUCAAAUGGCUUUUCAUGAGAUAGGUAUGAGGCAUGCAUUUGUUUUAAAAGAACGUGCUAUUAAUGGUUUAGCAAGCUUCCUAGUCAAGGAAGCAGUAUCAGGUGCUCUCAAGGAGUUUCACUUUGUAAAAAAGCAGAUUUUCAACAACACAGUUGCCAGGUUUGCUGCAGAACUGGCAGAGGAAUUGGUGUUUGAAGGUAUAAUGGAAGUCUGUCAGUUUUCACAUCCUUCUACACCUUUGACACCAAGUGAUUGGUCCUUCGAACAGGAGGAGGAAGUAGUUUCUUCUUAUGCCUCAGACCUCUCUGAGUCUGUGCUCCAGGAAGCAUUCAUAGAGUUAUCUCAGGCUGACGUGACCUUCACUACCCAGGCAGCCAUAAGUGUCUCGCUUGACAAUAUCCGUUAUGUCAGCUCAGAUGAUGCUGCAGAAACCACAAAGACCUGUAAUGCUACCUCUCAUUAUCUAGGAUCGACAACUGAGGUACUAGAAUCAACAGAAAAUGACUGCACUGUGAGAAGAGCUUUAUUCUGCAUGUCUGGGAUUGCCAGUUGUGUUCCAGUGCCUGUGGCUGGGAAAGCAAUCUCCCAAUUUCAGGGCCCAGUAGAUACUUGUCAGUACAAGUCCAGUAUUUGCCAAACAUCACAAACUAGUCCUAAAAAAAGCAGUUGUUUGGAAGGAAGACUGGUGACAUCUGUCUCUGAGAUAUCCACAGCAACUCAAACUGACUUAGUUCCCGUUGCCUCUCAAAGUGUUUACAAUGAGACAGGCACCACUGAACCAGUGGUGAGUAUAGGCUCCCAUGAAACUGUCUCUGGAAACCAGAUUUCUAAUAAGUCUAAUUUGCAGAACUAUUCUGGAAACAUGGCUGAUAUGAUUGUGAGUGAAGCUUAUGAACUCAUGACUGCUUCCAAAGUGAAGAAAUCAGAGAACGGUGCUGACAAAACCAUUGGAAACCAGAUACCUUCUUCAUAUCAGUUGAUGCCUCAAAAUUUGGUCAAUGAAAAUGUUACCAGUUCCACCACAAAGCAUCCAGCCAUCAAAGGAACUUCACAUUUUUCCAUACCCACCGAGGCUGAUUUUUUUCUGAUGAACAAAAAAGACAGGACAGAUCAGCAUGGAAUGCACUUAAGACUGCAGGACUCCAUGAGCCAUUGCUUUGGAUUUUAUGAUAAAUAUAACAAGCCUAAAAGCACAGGUUGUCAAAAAAGGGUAGAUGGUUUUGAUCACCCACCUCCAUCAUCCCUGAUACCGAAUUCUGGGUCCAGAGGAAUGUGUAGAGACACUUAUGGAUCAGACCUUAGGAACAUAGGUCAGGUCACCGAGACAGCUUCUGAAAUGCGAUCCUCAUUGAUGAAGGAUACUUUAGAGGUGCCAAGUUUUGAGGCACCUAAUCGAAGUGGCAAGAAGAUGUCAGCCGAAGAGAUUCCAUGUACAUCUGGGAGGAAAACGCAUGGAGUGCCAGGCACUCCACCAUCAACUCCACAGCUGCCCCUUCCAGGCUCACGGGAGAAACAUUUCAAACAGUUUUCCAAAAAAUUAAAAGGCAAGCUUGCCAAGGAAUUUUCUCCUGCCACACCUCCAUCCACCCCACAUUAUCAGCCUGCCCUAGGCCUCGUUGAAGCUAACACUGAUUCUGAGAAAGCCGACUUCUUGCUGAAGCUUAUGAGGUCUCUUUCCGAAGAGGCUGAGAAUAAUGAAGAUAGAGAGGAUCGGCAGUAUGAUAUUUCCCGUAUAGGAACACAGGCUGGAGCUCAGGCAGAUCAAUAUGUACCAGUAGAAACUGACAAUAAAGUGGUAGAAAAGGGAGCUUUUCAUUAUGCAGAGCGUUUAGCAUGUCACAUUGUUUCUAUGGCUACUGAGAUGGACACUCUGGCACUGCCACAUGGCUGGAAGUCUGAAGAUAAGCCAUGCACAGAGAACCAUACCUUACAUAGUGCCAAGUUCUCAGAGCAGACUCUCAGUUCUUUAUGGACUUAUGCUGGGGAAAUUGCAGGAGAGGUCAUCAGUGACGUCAAGAAGAUGAUUAGUUCUAGUCAGUAUAGACGUAAAACCAUCAUGAGUAACAAGGAUGUGGUUGCUGACAGUCGGCAGAAUCAACCCCUUAGUUGCAAAAGUAACAGAUUUGGGAGUCUAGCCAACCAUUUUCAAAGUGAUUCCAUGGUCCAAGGUCCUAACUUUCAAGUUAGUGGGUCAAGUGGGCUAUCGUCUAAGUGUCCUAGCUGUGAGAGUGUAACUGAUGAAUACAGUGGGUACAUCAUCAAAGUUUUAAAAAAAGAAGGCGGCAGCAGGGAGCUUAUUUUAGAUCAGUAUGCCAGCCGCCUUGCUUACCGCUCCAUUAAGUCAGGUCUAGCACAUGCAGCCAAGAAGAUCAAGCAAAGGUCGAACCUGAAGCUUCACCCUAGCAGGAGGCCACAUUGUGAUGGAACCCAUGAAGUCUGGAGGGGUUUAAUGUCAGAGGCGUCUUCUGUGGAUGAUAACAGGAAAGCAUCGUCCUCUGAUGAGGCUGCCCGAUGUACUUGUCAGAACCCAGAAGACUUGAACAGGAAAGAGUACCUGGAACUUGUAAACUUUGCGGAGUCUUUGGCAUAUGACAUCACAUGUGAUGUCACAAGAAAGCUCCGAAUGUCAUCGGUUCGACUACCGAAAUCUCUGACCGAUUCCUGUCUAUACAAAAAGUCCAAACUGGAUGAUGUGACAGACAGCCCUAUGAAGACUCAUUUUUCAUGUUCCUUACUGCCUUUUAAAGAGAAGACCAAACAAUAUCAUAGCACUGGCAGCUUAAAUGACCGGAACUACAGUGACAGUGUCAUGCAAGUAAUAGAACACUAUGCUAGGAAAAUAGUUGAUGACACCUUGGAGAUUACACUAGCAUCAGCUAUGCCACAGGAUUCUGAAGACAGAGGACUACUGGACCAAAAUUCAUAUGCAGAGAAGCUGACAAAAACAGCACUGAGCUCUGCACUGGCUGACCAGGCAUGUCGGUACUGCGCUGUCAGGAAGCGUUCGUUGUGUAGAAAUGCUAGCAGACAACAUUUCCAGGACAGCCUCAGCAGACAGAGGCAGGAUUUUGAGGCUGUGGCAGGCACCGGCUACAAAGGGCCUCGGGUGUGUGGCCUUGAAAUUCCAAAAAUUCACAUUGACUUGGAGAAGAGGGCUGCGUAUGCAGAGGAGGUGGUGUCAUCAGCUAUUGAGAAAGCCAAGAGGGAACUGAGCAGCGCUAGCCUGAACGCAGAUAGCGGGAUUGGGCACGAUGGCGCAAGCUUUGCGGAGAGCCUCACCACAGAGAUCAUGACCUCAGCAAUUUCCAACGUCUGCCAAACCAUAAACCUUAGUAGCCCAGGGAAAGAGGGGAUGCACACUUUGGAGUCUGCUGCUAGCCAACAGCUUUGUCUAAGCGUGGGUGAUGACAGUAUUGGCAGCUGGUCCAACCUCAGCUUCGAGGAGGAGCAUCCGGAUGAGAGCAGCAGCUUCCUGCACCUGAGUGACAGUAAUGGGAACAGCAGUAGCUGGAGCAGUCUUGGGUUGGAAGGAGAGAUUUAUGAGGAACAUCUGUCCUUCUCCCCCUCAGACAGUGACAGCACAGAGGAUAAGGAAACUGAAGCGAAGGCGGAAUUGGAUGGGGGACCGCAUGCCGAGAGGGGCCUGCUAGUGGUCAACGUGGAUGUAGGUGAGCCAGUCCUGGACUCGCAAGUCAGGGCUAUGCUACAGUGGAUUGCCGCCUCCCAAACUGGCCUACCAGCUGUGCAACUGGAGUUGCAGCAGCUUCCUGCCGUGCUCCAGAGGGUCCUGGAGAGGGAGUGGAAGGUCGGGGAGCUCCUGCAGGUGCUCAUCAGGUACUGUGAUGAGCUGGCGUCCGAGGCAGAUACAGAGUCCAGCGGGGAGAGCUGUGAGAGCAAGCCAUUCUUCCAAUGGCUGAUGGAGAAUGCCUAGGUCUGCACCCUGCCCCCCCCCCCCCAAGACAGCCAUCGCUGCUGGAGUCCCCAGGAUCAUGAAAUCUAACCGGCAUACGCAGUGAAGUGCAGUGUACUUGCCAAAAGUAGAUGCCUAGUCAGUGGAAUGUGUCUGUUGUCUCGUGUGCUGCUUUUGCCCCAGAUGUAUCUAUCAACACUGGGGAGCGGGGGAGGGGACACGACAUUCACCCCUGGCGGUGUGUGAACAUGCACGCAUGGGUGCAUCUCGUAUGCCAUGGCUGACAGCGCUUUUCCUAGCUCCUCACCUCACGAUCGUUCGCCGUGUGUUUUUCUCGAUGUUCCCGUGCAUAUGCCCAUAGAUAUGCAGCCGUUCGUGGCCAUCUCUGCAUUACGUGACGUGGUCGCACCCAUUCCUCGUGUUAAGAAGAUUAGGAAUAGUCUGUCCCAGUAAUAAAGAAGAAAGUGUUCUGUAUUUAUCAAGGAAUCCCAGAGCUUCAGGGAAGACCGUGCCAGUGUAAUUUCUCUUAUAAUGUCUGAGGUCGUUUCUACUUGACAGCCCAAGAAAAAGCUAUAGCUUGUAUUAAUAGAUUAGCUGCAGUAAUUUUAAUAUUAUAAAGAAAGUGACCCACAUAAUAUUAUUCUUGUAGCUAAAUGCCGGAUGUUUGUUUUUCCUUAUA